CUCCAGUGUACUAUGCAGAGUGGGAACUCUUGAUAAAGAAGACAUUAUAAGCAGCAAUAAUGUGGGGCAUUAAUUGGCGUUGGGCCAUCUUCAGUGUAAUGAACAUUGUUGCUGUGCUGAAUAUAGAAGGUAAAAGUACUCCAUCCCCCAAGCACACUAAGAUCAAAGCCAUUGAAAUAGAAGCCACUGACAGUCAUGACACGUCUGUUGCCCCACCCACUGAAGACGGCCUUUUCACAGAAAUAGGUGAAACCAGCGACACAACGACGGAGCUCUCCACACCAAACUAUGCCUUCAGAACUGCUACUACGCUCUUCCCAUUUGAGAACUUUACCCUUGAUUCAGCAGACUUCUUCUUUAACUGUUGUGAUUGCUGUACUCCAACGGCAGGACAGAAAGGGGAACCUGGAGAACCUGGCCUGCCAGGGCUAAAAGGAGAGAUGGGGGAAAAAGGCCUCCCAGGUCAACCAGGAAUUCCUGGACUGCAAGGUCCCAAAGGAUUCAAAGGAGAAAAAGGAGAUAAAGGAGAACAUGGUGACCAAGGAGCAAAUGGAACCCCAGGAUUUCCAGGCAAACCAGGAGAACAAGGUGAAACUGGACUUAAAGGUGACAAAGGAAACUAUGGCCUGCCAGGAGCAAAGGGUCAAAAGGGUUCCAAGGGGGACACAUGUGAGAAUGGCACCAAAGGAGAGAAAGGAGACAAGGGGGAGCUGGGAUUGUCAGGGAUUGAUGGAGAACAUGGAGAAAAAGGAGAAAAGGGGGAUGUUGGUGAGAAGGGUUACUGUGGAGACCCUGGUGAAAAGGGGGAUAAGGGAGAAAGGGGGGAUAUUGGGCUUAAAGGGGAAAAGGGCAUCAAGGGGGACAUGGGAGUAGAAGGCAUGCAUGGUGGAGAUGGGCCAAAAGGAGAAAAGGGUGACCCAGGUAUCAGAGGUGAAAAAGGUGACCCUGGCCCAACUGGGAUGAUGGGACCUCCUGGGAUGAAAGGAUUUCCUGGUUUCAAAGGAACCCGAGGACCUCCUGGAAAGAAAGGUGCAAGAGGGCCCAAAGGUUCAAAGGGAGAGACCUCAAACACCCCAAGGUCAGCUUUCAGUGUGGGGUUAUCCAAGCCUUUCCCACCCCCCAACAUUCCUAUUAAAUUUGACAAGAUUCUGUAUAAUGACCAGGAGAGUUAUAAUCCUUUGACUGGGAAAUUCAACUGCACCAUUGCUGGGGCGUACGUCUUCUCUUACCAUAUGACUAUCAGAGGGCGGCCCGCUCGGAUUAGUAUUGUGGCCCAAAACAAGAAGAUGGUCAAAACUCGGGAAACUCUGUAUGGUCAGGAGAUAGACCAGGCUUCAUUCCUUACAAUUUUGAAAUUAAAUGUGGGGGAUCAGGUUUGGCUGGAGGUUACACGUGAUUGGAAUGGGGUUUACGUCAGUGCAGAAGAUGACAGCAUAUUUUCUGGCUUCCUUUUGUAUCCAGAUAAUGUAUAUGAAACCCUAUUAUAAGUGUGGCUUUAAGAGAAUUACCAAGAAAAAAAAUCCUUCCUCUGUUGUUAUUUUAGAUAAAUGUAUUUCAUAAUCCACAUCAUAGUUCAUAUAUUUAUAUCUAUAAUGAAAUACAUUCAUUGACAGAAGAACCCUAAAUAUGGGGCACAUACCCUGAGGUAAUAAUUUUC